AGAAUCUUCCCCGCUUCGGUGUCUGAUCCUUCAAAACUAUAGUGCGAGCCAAUCUUGAUAAUAUCUACACAAAAGGAACAAUUUGUUUCCAUUCUGAAAAUUUGUCCAGAAGAUGGAAGUACGCCAAAGACAGGGUACAGGCAACAGCCGAUAUCGAUGGAAUUCCUGUUCGCAAGAGGAUGUCUUCUUCAAAUCCAUACAAGGAACAUCCAAGCGUUGCUAACGUACCCUGCUACGAGGACUAUGGGUCUAUGCUUCGCCUUAUACCAUCCACUAUCGACGUUGACGAUCGAUAUAAUAGAUGCUCUGACGAUUCAGCACUUCAGAGUAGCCUCGACGAAGACAUCUCUCCAUCAUCUUCAAUCAUAGAUGCAAUGGAGGAGCUUUUUAUAGAGUACAGCCAGCCCGAAAUACAGAACGCUACAACGAAUCCGAGGCAUGAUCAGCUCAUUGGGUCCUCAUUUAUGCCAGGGCGCAACAUAAGAGCUCAUCACCCUGUAGAACGAGGGUUCAAGACCUCAAAGGGUGAUAAGUUAAUAGAACCUUUCGAUUUUAUAUGGCGAAUGAAGAACGCAUCUAUGAUAGCUAAGUGGGAAGUUCACCGUGUUGCAUGCUACUGUUCUGUGGACCUGGAAGAUGUGUCACUAGAGUAUCUCUCAGCAUGGAAAGAUCAAGAUAUCUUUUGGAAACAAAUGAGACAGCACAAGUAUUUCGAUGGCAAAGCUUUCCCACUAAAGUGUGAUGGAGAAGUAUGGGUCCAAGGCCACGAACAAGAUCUCAGCGCGGGAAGAGCUGUGGAGUACAAGGCUAGACUAUGUUUUGACAACCCAAAUAGAAAACUAAAGUUCGAGCUUGAAAUACCCGUGUCUGAACAAAGCUCAAGACUUCGUCGAAAAUUUGGUUUCAAUCGAUUUAUGGAACUUCAGCUGCUGUUUGGCGACAGAUAUUCACUCAUUUUCACUGAAAGUGGACGUUUUACAUCAUCAUUGGCUGAUAUUUCCUGCAAUGACCCCGCAUUCCACUUUCACAUGAAAGAGGCUUCUCAAAGUUCAAGCUAA